GCUCGGUGCUGGUCAGUCAGUCAGUCAGCCAGCAGUUGCAUUCAGUGCUUCGGGUAACGUGGACGUGUUUCGUUAGACGUCCCCCGAUCGUUUGCAGAGUAGUGUUGUUUGUUGUUUGAUGCAUCCAUCAACCGCUCCCGUUUGUGAUCUACACCCUACUACCCACCCCGCGUGUGCGUGUGACGUCGGUGUCGAUAGCGGCUUCGCCUGUUUUGAUUUUUGCUCUUUGUCGUCACGCGAUCGCUCGCAAUUAUUGCGAUCGGUGUUAUUUCAAUUCAUAAAACCAACGCAGAUGAUAACUGUUUCUGGCGGAAAAAUAUAAUAGUGCGGAAAAUAAAUAAACACAAAAGUGACUCGUUCUUGAUAGUGUUGUGUUGUGCUUUGCGUUUGCUCUCUGGGUGCUGCGCUUCGACUGCUUUUUAUUUUGUUCCACACAAUGUUUAACGCACGGUUCGUGGCGUAAAAAUAAAACAAUCAUUGAGCUGUUGUUUAUUAGUGGCCGGGGCUGGUAUGAACUAGCGUGUGCACUGCACUAUGAUACACACACGCACGCAUACCUUCACAUGUGAUCCACCGUCAGCGCCACAGGCAGAAACACGCGGAAAAGGUUCUAUCGAAGAAGUGCUCAGCGUGUGACCAUUUGUCGGUUCCUACCCUCGUUGAUAGACUAGAACAAGAACGGAUCGCGUCGUGGGUUUGAGGCCCGCUGCUGCUGCGAUCGCAAUAACAAAGCUGAUCCGCCACUGGUUAUAAUUGUGCGCGAAGGCGUGUUCCGGUGCUAUUGUUUGCAUCGAUCAUCGUGGGCGAGAUUUCGCGAUGUGUUGAAAGUGUGUUUGACGUGCCGUGAUCGUGCGAUCUUGUCUCGGUGAUUGCAAUUUGUUGUUAGAUCUUACGGUGAUACUGAGAAAGUGAUUGACUCAAUCGAUGUUACAAAUGAGUGAGAAUCAAUGAAGCUACCGGAGUUCUAUCUGGAGAUUGACUUGCACAAAAGAACACAAUAAAACAACAGCCAGAAAACAGGCACAAAGUCAAAAAGGUGAAGAGUGACUGAAGCAGGGAAAAAAAUCGAUCGCCCGCACAUUUGUACGUGUGUUGUUUUCGUUCCUAUUGAAGAUCGGAACAGCGAGAUCGGAGUGAAUUGAAUUAUCUGGUUUUCCGACAGUCGGCAGACAAAAGCAGCCUGUUGUGGUGCGGAGUGCAGAUUAGGCCCUGCUGCAGUGAUAUCAAACCAGCAAGCUGCAGAGGCGCCGUCGACCUCAAGUACUUAAUUAUUGUGAUUAGAUGUGUGUCUUAUUAAAUCAGAGUGAUUUCUAGCCCCAACUGAGUGAUUAAGUAGCAGCGUAUAUGUGCGUGCGCGUUUGGGUGCCUGGGGCAGUCGCCUUUGUGAGCCGAUUACUAUCAUUUGCCGCUCGGCGGGUAGCCGCCUAAUCACCAGCUGAAACCCUUCUCCACCGCGGAACGAUCAACAAUUAGCUGCAAGAUGGAUAUCGAAUCGGAUGGAUCUGAACGAUGGGAGGAUUUUUUCGGUAUGCUCGUUUUGAUGAAAAAAAUACUUCGAGUCUGGGUAGCAGCACCGAUUUGGCACCUUCGCUUCUGGGAUACUACGAUUCGUUGGCCACCAAAGUAGGAGCCGAUCAAAAGCCGACUACCGGAAGCAGUCCUGUUUCGAAGGCUUCCGGUGAAAUUCAAUCCACCAGCAGUCACAGUUUGGAUGCAACCUCAUCGAGCAAUUCCACGGUCACUCAAUCCACGACCAGCAGUCAACAGAGAGUUCAGUUAAGCCAGGAACUCACUCAACCAGCAAGCGAGAAGCCCUUCCAAUCGAGCGUUCUGAAGUUCAAAAGCGUAGGAUUGCUAAGGCCAACCCGCCCAGCCCCGCACAUUCCGAAGCACGGGGACAAGUUUCGGAACCUUUCGUCGAACGUACAGAGAAUACUUUCGAAUACUGAAACGGCCAUAGAAACCAGCCAACCGGAAGCCUCCCCACAAGCGCGACUUCCUCCGAACACCUUUCAUCGGAACCAACGUCAGUCCGCGUCCUUCUCUACUAGUCGAUCGAUCUCGUCCAUCACGUCGACAAGGCACGUUGCCUUCAAAAACCUACCGCUGUCGAAAAACAUCACCAAAAUCACGCAAGCCUCCGAGUUGAUCGAACAUUUCGCCACAAAGUCGGAAGGCAAAACCGAACACCGUGACGCGAACGGUAACUGUGAAACGACACUGCCACUGGCGGAGGAUGUUCCCAAGUUGAGCCUCAUCCAGCAGCGAAUUAAAUCCCUCACGUCCGCCCUGGUUGGUGAUCUCGAUAUCACGGUACCCCCUGACGAGGAACCACCGGUGCUGCGUAAUCCGGAAAAAUCGAUGGAACCUCCCGGCGAUGACCGUAAUGCGUUUGUCGAGAACUGCGAAGAAUCCGAGCAUCGGCACACCAUCGUAGAGGCACGCAAUCCGUUCGUAAGCCUUGUCGUCACCGAACCGGCUCAGGGCGACAGCGAACAGCCGGAAUCGGAGGAUCGCCGCAAACUUGCGCACGCUCGAGUUCAACUGCAGAUUAAUUCGUCACGGACGUUACCCGAGUCACCGCAGUUACCGCGUUCCAGUGGCAGCAGUGUGACGUCCGCUUCAACGCCCAGCCUCGACACGGCCAGUUCUGCCUCGUUAUCGUCGAGCAAAGCCUCACUCACCCAAACGCCGGGAACGCCCGUUCUUAGCACACGGCCUCUGUCGGCCUCGUCGAUUUGUUCCUACUCAUCGAGCAGCAGUUCCGGGUCCGACACUCUACUUCUAGUCAGCGGCAAGUGCUGCGGGGGAGCUCCCUCCUAUCAGGCCAGCGUCGAGAGUUUGGCCGAUCAGAGCGAAUGCGAACAGAACGGCAGCACCGGCGGGCUGACGAUGUGCGAACGGGCGGUCAUGGAGAUUAUCGACUCCGAGCGGAGCUACGUCGAGGAUUUGGGCCAGAUCAUCAAGGGCUACCUGCAAGACUGGAAGGAACGAGCCUGUCUCAAGGUAGACGAGCUCGACAUUCUGUUCAGCAACAUUCAGGAAAUCUGGGAAUUCAACAGUCGACUACUCUCGCGGCUGGACGAAACCAAAGGCGAUCCGGUCAAAAUUUCCGGCUGCUUUAUCGAUCUCCACGAGAAUUUUCACUGCUACACCACAUACUGCACCCGCUACCCGGAGGCGAUAGCCCUGCUAACCAGUCUACUGCAGGCCACCCACACCAAUUCCCUACUGGUCCAAACCCAGAAGAUGCUGAACCACACGCUCCCACUGGGUUCGUACUUGCUGAAGCCGGUCCAGCGGAUACUGAAGUACCAUCUGCUGCUCGAUAACCUGCGGAAGCACUGCGACGACAAGCAGGUCGCCCAUGCGCACGAGCUGAUGAAGAGUGUGGCCCACAACAUCGACCAGGUGAAGAGAAAACUGGAACAGCAGUCGCGUGUCAAGGAACUGGCCGGUAUCUUGGACGGCUGGCUCGGGCCGGAUCUGUCCGUACUCGGAGAACUGCGCCAAGAGGGACUGCUGAGUGAGCAGGCCAAACCCCGAAUCGUGCUGCUCUUCGAGACGAUGCUCAUUAUCACCAAGCCGAAGGAGGACAAGCGGCUGCAGUUUCGUGCAUACAUUCCGUGCAAGAACCUCAUGCUGGUGGAGCAUUUGCCGGGCGAACCGACCAGUUUCAACGUGAUUCCGUAUAACGAUCCGAAGGGACAGAUCCGGCUUACAGCUCGCACUCGGGACCAGAAGCGCCUCUGGACGCAGCAAAUCAAGCAGGCCAUGCUCGAGCAUUACGACAUCCCGAAACGCGCUCGAGAAUUGGUGCUGCAACUCGGUGAUGAGGAUGAUCGCGUAGCGGAUAAAAACGCCAGCUGGAAGUGGCCCACGAAUCAUCCCUCGACUCCGGAUUAUCUGGAACGACGGCAGCAGUUCCGGCGCAGUGAAAUGCGACUGCGGUCGAAGAAAAUGCGCAAAGCAACGGCCAGCAGUAUUUCCCUGGAUGGCAUCUCACCGAAGGACAUCCGACAGCCGACUUUCCAGUCAUACUCCAAACCACUGGAGCAACAGCAAAAAUCCGAAGGGGAAGAGGAAGCUAAAGCGGGUUGCAAGUGUGAUGCCGUGAAAAAGGAACUAGAACAAAAGCAAAUAAAAGCGGGUGAGGGUGGUAGAAGCCGCUCCGUGACAAGACCGCCCGGAGAUGAGAAACAGAAGGCGGCUGCUAAGUUAAGCGAUGACGAGGCUUUCGCCAAAGCGAUGCAGGAACGGAAUCGUUUCGCAACGCAGGGCCGAAAGAAGACGAAGGAAAGCUUCGUCGAUGUUAAAUCAUACAAUUCGACUACGAUCCCGAAGCGGAUUGUGAACAUCAGAAAGAGUCGAUCGAAAACAACGGGGAAUUCAAGGUUUUACACAAAUCUUGGACUGGGCGAAGGAAGCACUGAUGAUACCGUGUUAAAAAUCACGGAAUCAACGGACAAUUUAAGUUUGGAUGCUGACAACCCCACAACCGGGAAGGGUACGGAAGAAACGGCAGAUGAAGAAGAUGCUCAGAGAAAAGAUUCCGACAUUAUUUCGCAACUGAUUCUGCAGAAAAACGAAUUCAGAAAAAUGAGUCGACCGCCAAAGAAGAAGUCCUUCGAUUCGGUGCGGUCACUGUCCUGCCCUAGUCAGGAUGAGGAUGGCGACUUCCAGACGAAACCAGAGGAACCCGUUCCAAAGCCGCCUUCCACCGAACCACCAAAAGAAGAUAACGAACAAGAAGAGGACGCUGAGUUUCGGAAGGUGGCAGAACUAAACCGAAAGUCGGAGGAUCUACUGAGCCGCUUGAUGGAAAUUCAAAACGAUUUACCAUCCCCGGAACCAAUCUACGAAUCGUUACUCCGAAACGUACACGUACCCUACAAAUAUGCACCUCCGCUAACGCGUUCCAUUUCACAGCAGUACGGCAAAGCGUUGGAGACUUUGAGAGCGAAUGCGACUGCGAAAAAAUCCCGCCCAGAAUCGGAUUACGUCACGCUAGCCUACUCAGAGGGUGGACUAAUCAACAUAGACGGACAUUCCGUCGAGACAAAGUCAACCGUAGCGCAGCUACGCAACAGUGACACCAACAUCAACUAUCACUAUCCUUGGCGGAAGGAGGAAGAUACCGCAACGGUGCAGGACACUCGUUCGGAAAUACUCAACCUCAGCCUAAGCGACGGGGAUCCUCUGAAACCACUCGAGCGGCAGGGUAGUCUCAGCAUUAAAUCGCCAAAGAACUUGCUCCAAAGAUUUAUCAGCCUGCAUUCGUCACCAUCGAGCGGCAGCUGCGACAGUAAUCUGCAUCAGCGGAAGAUUUCUCACACGGAGUCAGAUGCUGCACCAAUCUACAAGCAGGGCAGCCUCGAUCUGGGUUCCCGUAUAGCAAAUCUUGACUACGCUGAUCCACGAUCUCUGUUCUCCCCGGGAUCGACUAACCAACAGCCGAACAUAUUCGUCAACAGGGCGUCAGUCCGAGCAGCUUCCGCUGAUCCAGAGCAACGGGAUUCGAUAUUUUCGCUUGAUUCGUCUAGCGACAGUGUGUGCGGUGGCACGCGCAACGAGCAGGAUGACGAGAGUUGCGGUUUCUACGAAAAGUCCGUUGAGGAAUGUCUGGAGAAUGACGACUUUCGAGAUUCGGCUGUCUACAGUGGGGACGAUAACGAUCGCCGAACGGAUGGAUUCGACGAGCAGGUCAUUUAUGAGUCGAUCAGCGAAAUUGGCCAUUGUCAGCUGCUGAAGCUUCCCUCUGCAUCCGCACAGGUAGCCCGUUCGUCAUCUUCCGCGUCGAGUUGCUCCUCCGGAGCCCCACCGAUUCCCAUCAAACCAGCUCAUCUCGAGCAGCGUAAAGCCAUACAAAUCACAUUAAAACCAACGGUUUCACCAUCAUCGCCACCGGGUGGAGCAGCCCCUAAGGGAGGAUGGGUCCUACAGCAGGUGAAGAGAUUUCAGUAAUUAGAGGAGACUGAUCCUGAAGUGCCUUAUAGUAUUUUGGAUUCUAGGAUUCAUCAGUUUUAACCAAAACGCAUUCUCUAAUGUUUCCUUGUUCGUGUGCGUGCGCGUUUUACAUGUUUUAAUGAUAAAACUUCGAGCGCUCAGUGGAGCACGUCUCUUGUAAAGCAAUGUUUUAAUCACACAAUUGUAUUUAUUCGUCGUUUAGUACUAUUUGAAACCGAUUAAUCGUGCCCUUAGUUUAAUUUACUAACACCCAUCACUAGCAGUGUAAGGCUCAAAGCAAACGUUUUUUUUUUUAGAUAUUUAAGUCGCAUUUUUUCAGUAUCAGCGUAGAAGUAUUGUGAGGGGAGGCCUGCCCCAACAGAGCAAGCAAUAGAAUCCUGAUUUCAGAUGGGUUCACCGUUUCAGCAACCCACAGUUCUACUUUACUGUUUCGACUACCUAAAAAAUUUUAACCUUGUCUUGUUAAAUAUAUAUGUAAUGAAAAUUUUUUAGUUCAUCCUAUA